GGCGUAGUUUAGCAUAUCCUACGCCCUGCCUUUCUAGUACUUGAGAGAACACCGCAGAAGAGUGAAGGACAGCAAGAACUUUCUUGUGCUCUUCUUCGCCAAUUCCUAUAAACCCUAAUUUAAUUUUUUUGAUCGUUUUAGAAUUUAAUCAGAAGACCCACCAGGGACAUUCAGAAUGUGGAGGUUCAGUUUCUGAGUCGAAGAAAUAAAAAAAAAACAAAUUAUGGAAAGCCUAGGAGGAGGUAUAGGUUUCAGUAACACGAGCAGUGCAACAACAACAAGGAAGAAGAGGAGCACUACAUUGCGCCGGCCCUGGAAUGAACGACAGUUACAGGAUGCUUCAUCAUUGCCCUCCACACCAAUCCCUGUCUAUAAUGAGAAGAGGAUAGAAGAGAGGGAAGCAGUGGAGUCAGAUGAAGGUUCAACGAAUGGUUCAUUCCAAGGAAGUAAUCAGGGCCACAGCACUGCAUCCACUGAAGGGUUUCUUGUCCCUACAAUCAAGAAGGUUAAACUCAAAGUCGGUGGCUCAUCGAAAGUUAUAUCUGCAUCCGAUAGUGCUUCUGAUAUUGGCUUGUGCUCAGCAAAGUCCUCCCACGCAUCGUUGGACACCACAAGCAAGGCAGAUUCAGGCAAAACAAAUACUUAUCCCGUUCGAAAGAGCAACCGGAUUUCUAAACGACGUGUUCUUGAUGAUGAUGACGAAGAGAUUCAGUUUCUGAGAAAGGUGAAAAUGGGUAAAGUUGUUACUGCGGAAGAAGACGUUGAGGAGGAUGAAGAAAGGAAUAGAAAACAUAAAAAGCUGUCCAAGGUAAUGAAACAAAAUGUUGAAUACCCGCGUGGUGUUGGAACGUCAGACAAGUCUGGCAAGAAGGAUAAAAAGUCAGGAAAAGAAGCAUUUGAUGAUGAUGAUGAUUAUGUCAAAGACGAGGAAGAAGGUCUGAGUGAUGCAGAGGUUGAGCUAGAAAGUAAGAGCGGGAGAGCUAGAAGAAGAGAAAGUCUGAGUGAAGUUAAGACAGAAAUGACUGUGACUACUCGUCGACGUUCUGGACAUAGCGGAAACCUCAUCGAGUUUCCUGGUGGCUUACCUCCAGCUCCACCUCGAAAGCGGAAAGAAGAUGGGUUAGAGGUCGAUCAGCAACUAAAGAAAGCUGAGGCUGCCCAGAGACGUAAACUGCAAGUCGAAAAAGCAGCUAGAGAGUCAGAGGCUGAGGCAAUCAGGAAGAUCUUAGGCCAAGACUCUAGCAGAAAAAAGAAGGAAGAUAAAAUAAAGAAACAACAAGAAGACAAGGCUAAGGACAAGGCUGCAGAAUCGAUAGCCCGUAGAUCAGACACAGUGAAGUGGGUAAUGGGUCCUUCAGGAACCAUCGUAACCUUCCCAGAAGAACUUGGAUUACCAUCUAUAUUCAACUCUAGACCUCAAAGCUAUCCUCCACCGCGGGAGAGAUGUGCGGGUCCAGAAUGUACGAACCCAUACAAAUACAGAGAUUCACAAUCAAACCUUCCAUUGUGCAGCCUCCAGUGCUACAAGGCGAUGAAAGGCUAGAAUGGAUAUUGUAAGUUCUUAUUCAAGCCCGUUACCUACGAUAGUGAUAGAAAAUAAUAAUCGUUCAUGUUAAUAGUAAUAAUGGAGCGUCAUGGGUAUUGAUAUAACGAAACAGGAUGUAUAAUUUGUUUGUGUUAAAAUAAGAUUCGACUGUAAAUAAACAUAAGUGAAUGUAGUUGUUAUGUUUUAUGUCAUAA